AUGACUGGUGACUACAAGGAUUUCUUCCUGGCCACCCCUGCAGAGCAGACAGGAGCCUGCCUCUGUAGCAAGUUCUGGACCUCAGUAUAUAACUGGUCUCAUUUGACCCCCCUGGACCUGAAAAACCGAUCUGUGGGCCUUGGCACUGAAAGCCCAAGAAUGGGUCACGCAUACUUCACCCUGGAUGGUCACAAGUUCCGUAUCUUUGGUGGCUCCAUCCACUACUUCCGGGUUCCAAGAGAGUACUGGAGGGACCGCUUGCUGAAGCUGAAAGCCUGUGGCUUCAACACUGUCACCACCUACAUUCCCUGGAACCUGCACGAGCCAGAAAGGGGCAAAUUUGACUUCUCUGGAAACUUGGACCUGAAGGCCUUUGUGAUGAUUGCAGAGGAGCUCGGCCUGUGGGUGAUUCUGCGUCCAGGCCCCUAUGUCUGUGCAGGUAAGCCGGACUAUGACAUCAGAACUGUGGCAUACUGGCUACUGCAGGAUCCCAAGUCCCGAAUUAGGACAACUGACAAAGGCUUUGUUGAAUCAGUGGACAGAUAUUUUGAUCUUCUGGUCCCCAUAAUGGUUCCUCUCCAGUACCGCCAUGGAGGCCCUGUCAUUGCAUUCCAAGUGGAGAAUGAAUAUGGUACAUUUAACAAGGAUGAAAACUACAUGCCUUAUAUCAAAGAGGCCCUGCUGAAAAGAGGGAUUGUGGAGCUGCUUUUGACCUCUGAUUUGAUGAAUGAUGUGCGGAAAGGUCAACUUAAAGGAGCCUUGGCCACAGUCAAUCAAAGAACACUGUGUCAGAGAAUGUUUAAAUUGCUGCAUCAAGUACAGGGAAACAUGCCCAUUCUAAUUAUGGAAUUCUGGAUUGGUUGGUUUGAUCUUUGGGGUUUCCCCCAUGUGACUAAAAACCCACAUAUUAUUGAAUAUAUUGCAUCUGAAUUUAUCCAGUACGAGCUGUCUUUCAAUGUAUACAUGUUUCAUGGUGGAACCAAUUUUGGUUUCCUGAGUGGGGGUACAUAUGUCAACAAGAUGCACAGGACUGUAGUGACCAGCUAUGACUGUGAGGCUUUGCUGACAGAGGCUGGAGAUUACACAGAAAAAUAUUUCAGGUUUCGAAGACUCCUUGGCUCCCUCUCAGAAAUUCCCUUGCCCCCACUACCUGAUCCUACUCCCAAGUCUGUGUAUCCUCCUGUGAGUAUGUUACACUAUUUGCCACUGUGGGAAACCCUACAUUACUUAAAUGAGCCAUUCAAGUUGAAUCUUCCAGUCAACAUGGAAAAUCUUCCUUUAAAUAAUGGAAGUGGACAGUCGUUUGGAUUCAUCCUCUAUGAGACUAAAAUCUGCUCUGGAGGCCUUCUGCAUGUCCAUGUUAGUGAUAUUGGAGAGGUUUUUCUUAACGACACAGUACUAGCGUCUAUUAAUAGUGAGCUUACGAAUGUGGACAUUCCAGCAUUCACGGGUUGUCAACUUCUCAGGAUCCUUGUGGAGAAUCAAGGACGGGUGGCUUUUUCAGACAGAAUGCAAACUGAGCAGAAAGGAAUAACUGAAACUAUUACUCUCAAUGGAGUGAUUCUGAAGGGCUUUAACAUCUACUGCUUGGAAAUGAAAAUGAACUUCCUUGAGAGACUCCGCUCUGCCACCUGGAGGUCCAUCACAGAUAGCCAUAUAGGUCCUGCCUUCUACAGGGGGACCCUGAAAGCCGGCGCUUCUCCCAAAGACACCUUCCUGAGUCUACCUGGUUGGAAUUAUGCAUUUGUGUUUAUCAAUGGAAGGAACCUUGGGAGAUACUGGCAUAUUGGACCUCAGAAAACACUUUACCUGCCCGGGGUCUGGCUUCACCCAGAAGACAAUGAGAUUAUUGUGUUUGAGAAAACAAAAAAAGGGUCAUUCAUUGGAUUUUCUGACAAGCCCAAGCUAUAA